AUGGCUUUGUUCACCCAUGGAGACGAACUGAAGAACAACGGGAAAACAAUACAAGAGUUCAUUGAAGAAAACAAUGAUCUCAAAAACUUUGUCGAUAACUGUAAUGGGGGAUCCCAUGAUAUUGAGAAUGAAGAUCAGAGUCCAUCUCAAGUCACCAAGCUUCUGCAGGUGAUCAACAUCAUGGUUCAGAAAAAUAGAGGGAAGUACUACACCGCUAAAAUGUUGAAGGAGGUUGAGAAAAAAGGAAAAGGUUCUGGAGUUUGGAAGAGAAUCACACUCUCUGUUAAUGGCUCUGCUUUAGCUGGAGCCGGUCUCGGAGGAGCAGUAUCUCACUUUGUUGGGAGCUCAGCUGGAAUUCCAGCAGGAGUUGCAGUGGGAGUAGCAGUAGUGAAGCAGGUGGAAAUAUUUUCCUCUCAGAGGUUCAAGUGUUCAGGCUGGAGGCUGCAGGGAGGGCAGGAAUAUGGAAACCUCAUUAGGGAGCUGUCUUUGCACCCUUUGGUGGUUCAGGUCCAGUAUCUGACUCCUCCCGGCCCCGUGUCCCCGAACCCCUCCUCGUCCCCUCUGGCCCUCAGCCCCGGCUCCGUGGCCUCCGGGAUGGGCGGGGCUCACCUGCUGUCCCCUCUGCUGGCCCACGGCAGGCCGGGCGGGGGCGGGUCCUUGUCUCUAACCAGCAGCAUGGACACGUCGGUGGAGAUCAACAGCUCCGACAGUGACGACUGCACUGCUCUGGGAACGCUGGAGUUCGAGCUGCGGUACGAGCAGAGCUCCAGUGAGCUGCACUGCACUGUGCUCCGGGCCAAGGGCCUGAAGCCGAUGGACUUCAACGGUUUGGCCGACCCGUAUGUCAAACUGCACCUGUUGCCUGGAGCCUGUAAGGCCAAUAAGCUGAAAACAAAGACGAUUCGUAACUCUCUGAAUCCAGUGUGGAAUGAAACGCUCACUUACGUCGGGAUCACAGAAGAAGACAUGCACAGGAAGACGCUCAGGUUGACUGUGUGUGACGAGGACAAGCUGACUCAUAAUGAGUUAAUUGGAGAGUCCCGGGUGCCUCUGAAACGUGUGAAACCCGACCAGACGAAACAUUUCCACACCUGCCUGGAGCAUCCACCACCGCUCCCUUCCCCUACUGCCAUGGGUGAAGCCCUUCGAGGAAUAUCCUGCUACCUAAGAGAGUGGGAGAAUGAGCAGCUGCACAGUCUGGAGGAGCGAGGUCGUCUUCUUCUCUCGCUGCAGUUUCUGCCUCCGCUCAAUUCGGAGGACAAAGACGCAGAGCGAGGAGGAGGAGGUGAAGGGCGUCGCAGCGGAGGUCUCUGUGUGGGCGUGAGGCGCUGCGCUCACCUGGCCGCCAUGGACGUCAACGGAUUCUCUGACCCCUACGUCAAAAUAUACCUGAAGCCCGACAUACAGAAGAAAUCCAAGCACAAAACAACGGUGAUGAAAAAGACCCUCAACCCCGAAUUCAAUGAGGAGUUUUUCUAUGAGAUCUCGCUGUCUGAGCUCGCCAACAAGACGCUGGAGGUGACUGUGUGGGACUACGACCUGGGACGCUCCAACGACUUCAUAGGCGGCGUCUGUCUGAGCUGUCACUCGCAGGGCGACGCCCUCCGGCACUGGAUGGACUGCCUGAAGAACAAAGGCAGGCGGGUGGAGCGGUGGCACAUCCUGACCAACGAGCUGCCGCGAACCCUCAGCCACGACUAA